GAAAUGCCCUCUCCAAAUCAAAAUGGCGUCAAUCAGGAAGUGAAACAAACAGCCCGCAGGACCAAAAAGAGCAAAUAAAGCGUCGAUUGGGAGCGAAGAGUCGUUGCGGCACUGGGGGACUCGGAGCGCACACGACAAAACGGACAGCGUGAAGGGCUCAACUCGUAGUCAUGGCCAAAGACACAACUGAAUAAGCACAGCUAAUAAGAUUCAUGUUUAAACAACUCCUGCCACUGGUUAUGUGCUGGACGGAACUCUGAUGCUCAUGAUUUCCACACGCCGCGCCAUGGACGGGGAGAACUACCUGCACCCGGAGGGACACCAGCUUGACAACUCAGUGUUCAGCCAGUCAAACCCUCACCUUCUCCCCCAACCCAUGGAGAGCCCAAUGUAUGCUUCCAGCUCGUGGUUCAUGCCUCCAUACAGCUUGCCUAUGCAAACUGGAAACCAGCAAUAUGUCAACAACACACCAGACAUUCAUGGAAACUUCUGCUCCCCAAAUUUUCCAGUGAUGGACUUUUCCAGCCAAGGCCACAGCACCCAUAUGCCAAGCAAUGGAGAUUUUGCUCAGGACCUGUCCUACAUCGAUGAACUUUCAAACGCUUCCCUGUUUUCCUCCCCUGCUGACUCCCUUUCGGAAUUUGCUGACGCUCCCAACUUUCUCAAUUCGGAUGGCCUGAACAACCUGGUGCCAACAUUAUGGGACAUCAACCCUGCAGGGCAAAACCCUCUAGAGCUGAGCUCCUCCAGAUUCCAAGGAAUAAACAGUUUGGAGGACCUUUCUGUGAUCAUCAACACUCCACCAUUUGGUUCCUACCAGCCACAACCUCCCCCACCAGUGGCGGAGGAAGAGGAAGAAGGCGAUGAUGAGGAAGCAGAGGAGCUGGGCCACAUAGAGACCUAUGCAGACUACAAGCCCUCCAAAUCCACUAUAGGUAUUGCCCACCCGGAUAUUGUAGUCGAGACCAACACUCUGUCCAGUGUGCCGCCUCCUGAUAUAACCUACAAACUGUCCAUCCCAGAACCCACAAUCAACAGGGGUCUGCUGUCUGCCCUGCAGCUGGAGGCCAUUGUGUAUGCAUGCCAGCAACAUGAGGUAAUCCUUCAAAAUAGGCAACGAGCAGGCUUCCUGAUUGGGGAUGGGGCUGGCGUUGGAAAGGGCCGGACCAUUGCGGGCAUCAUACUGGAGAACUACCUUAAAGCAAGGAAGAAGGCAUUAUGGUUUAGUGUUUCCAAUGACCUGAAAUAUGAUGCAGAGCGAGACCUGAAGGAUAUCGAGGCCCCUAACAUCCCUGUGCAUGCCUUAAACAAGAUCAAGUACGGUGACACUGCUACCUCAGAAGGUGUGCUUUUUGCAACCUACUCUGCACUGAUUGGUGAGAGCCAAGCAGGCGGACAACACAGAACACGGCUGAAGCAAAUCCUUGACUGGUGUGGGCCAGGCUUUGAUGGGGUUAUUGUUUUUGAUGAAUGUCACAAAGCCAAAAAUGCUACAUCUACAAAAAUGGGCAAGGCUGUACUGGAUCUGCAAAACAAGUUACCCCUGGCAAGAGUGGUUUAUGCCAGUGCCACGGGUGCUUCUGAGCCAAAGAACAUGAUAUAUAUGAGCCGCUUGGGAAUCUGGGGGGAUGGGACGCCCUUCAAAACAUUUGACGACUUCCUCCAUGCCAUUGAAAAGAGGGGAGUGGGGGCCAUGGAGAUUGUUGCAAUGGAUAUGAAGGUCAGUGGGAUGUACAUAGCCCGCCAACUUAGCUUCUCAGGGGUGUCUUUUCGAAUUGAAGAGAUCGGCCUGGACGAUGACUUUAAAAAGGUGUACAAUAAGGCAGCCAGACUGUGGGCAGAGGCGCUGUCAUCAUUCCAGAAUGCUGCAGACCUUCUGGGCUUAGAGUCACGUAAGUCACUGUGGGGCCAGUUCUGGUCAGCGCAUCAGCGUUUCUUCAAAUACCUCUGCAUCGCUGCCAAAGUGCGUCGUCUUGUGGAGCUGGCCAAGAAGGAGCUGAGUGAGGGCAAGUGUAUUGUGAUUGGACUGCAGUCUACAGGAGAGGCGCGAACAAGGGAAGUCCUCGAUGAAAAUGAUGGUCAUCUAGACAGAUUUGUUUCUGCAGCAGAGGGUGUCUUUCAGUCACUAGUACAGAAGCACUUUCCCACAGAAAAACGAAAAAGGGAGAAAGGAACUGGAAGCAAAAGGAAACGCAAGCCAAAAUGCCGCCCACCAAAGUACCCGAAGCCCUGCAUUGAUAUUGGGGGUGUGAUUAAUAUCAGUGAUGACAGCUCCACUGAUUCUGAAGGGUUAGACAGUGACUCCAACUCUUCUCCCGAUUCCCUCCUUGACAAUGACGAUGUCAUCUUUGUCAAUCACAUUAAUAGCUACACAGCCAAGCUUGAAGAAAUGAAGCAGGAUCUUCUAAACAAGAUUAGCCACCUGGGACCCGAACUACCUCUUAACACCCUAGAUGAGCUGAUCGACCAGUUUGGUGGACCUGAUCAUGUGUCUGAGAUGACCGGGCGAAAAGGACGAGUGGUACGGAGAGCAGACGGCAGUGUCCGGUAUGAGUCACGGGCUGAGCAGGGCUUGUCGAUUGACCAUGUGAACAUCAAGGAGAAAGAACGCUUUAUGAAUGGAGACAAGCUGGUUGCGAUCAUUUCUGAGGCCGCAAGCUCUGGCAUCUCUCUGCAGGCAGACAAGCGGGUGAAGAACCAGAGGCGGCGUGUUCACAUGACCCUAGAAUUGCCCUGGAGUGCUGACCGGGCUAUUCAGCAGUUUGGGCGGACUCACCGGUCCAAUCAGAGAACUGCUCCAGAGUACAUAUUCCUUAUCUCCGAGCUUGCUGGCGAGAGAAGGUUUGCAUCCAUUGUGGCCAAGAGAUUGGAAAGCCUGGGAGCCCUCACCCAUGGUGAUCGGAGAGCCACCGAGUCCAGAGACCUGAGCAAAUACAAUUUUGAAAAUAAGUAUGGUGCCCGGGCCCUAGACAAAAUCAUCAAAGCCAUCCUAGGACAGAUCGAGAGCAAGGUGUCCCCGCCAAAGGAUUACCCAGGAGGUGAUGCCAUGUUCUUCCGAGAUAUGAAGCGGGGCCUGAUGGAUGUCGGAAUUUUCUGCCGGGAGUUAAGAUUUGGUGUCGGCGUAGAGAAAGACUGUACCAUUACCAAAUUCCUGAACCGCAUCCUGGGUCUGGAGGUACACAAACAAAAUUCACUGUUCCAGUACUUUACUGACAACUUUGACUACCUGAUAGACAAAGACAAGAAAGAGGGCAAAUACGACAUGGGCAUCUUGGAUUUGGCGCCAGGGAAUGAUAAGAUCUAUGAGGAGACCAAAGCAGAGUUUCUAACACCAGGGAACCCUCAAGAUGGCCAGGUGGUCCUCUACAAGAUCAGCGUAGACAGAGGUAUGAUGUGGGAUGAGGCCUACAGCCGAUUCCAGAAGGUGAGCGGCCCAGAUGAUGGUUUCUACCUCUCUUACAAGUUAAGAGGCAGAAUCCCAGUUGUACUGUUGGCAGAACAGAACCGAGGAAAGAAUUUUAUCAUUUACAAGCCCAACAUUGGAAAGCAGGUCCACCUAGAGAAUAUUGAAAGUCUCACCAAGAAAUACCGUAAGGUUCCCCCAGAUGAUGCAAGAGAAUACUGGGAAGAGCAGUUCAAUUUCUCCAUCCGCAACUGUACACAUGCCGUUGGGACAGGAAAGUGCAAGCAGAUAGCAGAAGGUCACGAAUGCUGGCUUGGCAUGAGGCUGCGACACUACCACAUGCUGUGUGGUGCUCUGCUCCGUGUCUGGAAGAGGGUAGCUGAUAUAGUUUCUGACAUCACCAACUCCAGUAUCCUGCAGAUUGUGCGGCUCAAGACCAAACAACACAACAAGCAAGUCGGCAUCAAGAUCCCAGAGAGCUGUGUCAAUCGCAUCCAAGAAGAGUUGAAACAAAUGGAUGAAUCAGUACGAAAACGCAGGGAACGGGCCGCACGAGAACGGGAGCUGCAGCAGGCAGCACGUGACAGGGAGCUGCGGCAAGAGCAGGACUAUCGGCUGAUGCUGGAAAAACUCUGUGGUUCUCAGCCUCUUGACUUGUCCAAAAUGAAUCCCAUCAUGCCUCCCUUAACCUCUUGGAGUCCAUGUCCAAACAACUUCAAGGAGAUUUUGGACCUGACAGUCAGCCCCUCACCACCACAGGAACCCAGCACAGGGCCAGGUACAGAAUCUUCUGGGGCUCCGGUUGCCCAAGCACAGGAAGACUUGAGCCUGGAGUCUUUCAUUGCUCAGACAAGCCAGACUGGGCACUCCCUGCCCACCCUGGACCCUCAAGACUUUGCAGGUCUGGUGUUUGAUGAAACCACUUUAAACCUGUCUACUGCUUACCAGCACCCUGAGCAAGCGGCGGCCCCCAGGACAGCGCUGACCCAGACACCAGUGCACAACUUUCAACAGACCUUGUCUGCACCCAAUGGGCAGGCCGACACGAACAGUAUCAACAUUCGAGAAGUUUUAAACAGCAUGUUUCAGACUCCCCCGGAGCGCCGCUCGGUCAUUCAGUAUGGGAUUUCUCCUGAUGUGCACCCUUGCCAGUCCUUCGACCUUUGACCUCACCACUACUUGGCCAACAGCAGGUCUUUUUAAAACAGGAAGCUUUUUCUAACUAGAGGUCAUCCCAUAUUUUUCUUUGGGAUUUGCCUUUUUAUCACACGGAAUCAUGUGACUUUUGUUUUUAUUUAAAUUAUAUAUAUAAUAUAUAUAUACAUACACACAGAAAGAUAUCUAUCUAUUUGUAAACAAAUGUUUACUUUUCAGAUCCUUCAGUAAACCCUUGCUGGUGAGGACUCUGCCAGUCUGUAGCUGUCUCCGUACCAGGGAAAGGGGCACACUGCCGGUCCGCUGCUGGGCAUUCAGAAAGCCCAUGGCUCUGCACCCUGCUCCCACCCCACAAGCCACCAACGAUAUAUAAUACCGGUGACGCUACCCCUCCAGCGGUAGGGGAAUGUUUCUGAGAUACAGGAAGAGCAUCCUCCACAGUGUAGUGGUUUAGACCCCAGUCCACCCCCACCAGCAUGGAGGGGGGCUUUUGCCUUUACAUCAUUCUCCCCGCCCCUGUCCACCUAAAACUCUAGAGGAUCACAUCCUCAAGUGCACUACAUGCUUUGAACCAGACUGAGGAGUUGGGGGUGGGGAGAGCCAGGGUGACAAAUGACAGUGCUUGGCAUUCUAAGUGGCAUCAGCUUACUUCUUAACUCUGUUUGACUGGUCAGCCAAAGGACAAGGGUGACCCUAGUGCUGUUGAGGCAUUAUGCUGCCCCCUGCAGGUUUCUAAAGCUCUCUUCAUUCUCUUUCUGGUCCUAACUGCACAGCAGCCUCUUUUCUGCCACUGCUGCUUCCAGCUUGCCAAUAAAUUUUUAAAGUAAAAAUGUGCCAAGAAGGGGCUGUGGUGGUGGUGGAGUGGCACAGCUGGGACAGGUUAGGGAUUCCAUGUGUCUUUCCCUCCCAAGUAUUACAGCAGGUCCCAUGGAGUUUUUAUAUAUAUAUAUAUAUAUAUAUAUAUAUAUAUAUAUAUAUAUAUAUAUAUAUAUAUAUAUAUAUAUAGGUGUGUGUGUGUCAGACGGCUUGGUGUGUUGUGCCCCAAGGCAGCUGGUGGUGCCAGUACCUAGGCUUGAACUUGCUAUGUUGCGUGGUUAGUAAGAAUGUUUGUGUGUUUAUUUAUAACGUUUGUACCAUUCUAGGUGUAUUGAUUACAUAAUGGAAGAAAGCAGAGUGAUGAGGUCCCCAGUGCCACAUGGGUGUGACCGGUACCCCAGGCUCUUGGCCGAAUGACUGCGUGUCUGUCCCGUCUGUAUACGUGUGUGUCUCUUCGACAUGUUGUGGUCCUUACUCUGCGAGGCCUCCUGCUGGUCACUGCCUAGCGCCACAUGCAGACAACAAGGAGUCUCCCAGUGGAGCUCCGGACUGGCAUCAGUAAGGGUUGUGACCUCCGCAAUAAUUCUGUCCGCGUGCAUGUCAUGCGUGUGAGCGAGCGAGCGCGUGUCACGAGUGUGUGUGUGUGUGUGUUUUUGAAGGGACUCGUCGAAGUAAGCUGGGAACAAGGAGCUCGCUACGACUGGGCUCGAGUCAGGGAUAUAUACAAUUUUUUUUUUCUU